GCUACCCGCUGCACGCGGCAGGCACCAGCCUGACUCACCACUUCCUCUUCCUGGAGCCAGGGCUCAUGGGAGAUAUGCAAAUACCCCCAAGGUCGGAGCGGUGCUCAGCUGGAGAAGUUUCCAGAAGCUCAAGCUUCCAACCUCGGCAGGUUCUACCUCCAGGUCUCCGGGCAAGAAACACCUUCCUGCUCCUGCCUUCUUCCUCCCCCGCCCCACCCAGCGCCUCACUAGCAGCCGGGCGCCGGUCCUCCCAGUCCGCAGCGAGCUCCCCCUUGCCCCUCACCCCGAGAGGCAGCAGCGUGGCCAUGUGCCCCCCGGUGGCCGUGCGCAAGAGCAGAGAGGGCAUGACCUACCUGUACGCUUCCUGGCUGUAUGAGCUGAAGCACGGAAGCCCCCUGGAGGUCUGCUUCACUUGCUUCAAGGUUGCCUUCAUGGACCUCAAAGACAUGCUGGAGUCGGAGGACUGGGACGACGAAGAGUGGGACCCCAUGGAGCUGGAUGAGGCAGAGCACGAGCAGGCAGUGGCCCUGGGGCCGGGGCCAGAGCCGGGGCCGGGGCCUGGGCCUACCAGUCAGACACAGCCCAAGUUCACACAGGGGCCUGGGCCUGGGCCUGGGCCUGGCUGGGGGUCCUGGGCACUGGUGCCAGCCUCAGUGGGGAUGGAGGAAGAAUACCUGGAUGACCCCAUGGUGCCCACUGAGCUGGAGCCUCAAAGUGCAGUGCCCCUAGGCCUGGGCCCGGAGCAGGCUGACUGGACCCAGGCCCUUCCCUGGAGGUUUGAUGGGCUUCCUGCCUGCAACCACUGGCCGAGCCCCCCCCCUCCUCCAAAGCCAGUGUUCCCCCGAGUGACUCUGUCCCCGGUGGAGCCCAUGGUGCUGGAGCUGGGCACCAUGUGGCCAGUGGAGCCUGCAGAGGCCGAGACCUGGUUGCUGAAUCUUCAGGUCUUCUGUGUGGUGGGCUUCCAAGACACCACCAUCUACCUGCGGAAGAUGACCCCAGCGCAGGCCCUGAGGAGCCCCUGCCAGUGCUGGAGAGUGCUGCUGGAGCCCUCUGAGGUGUGGGUGCUAAAGCUCCAGGAAGCAGCUGAUCCGCACAACCUGCUGCAGUGCCAUCUGAGUGUCCUGGAGAAAACACAACAGAGUGAGCAGCUGUUCCCUGCAUACGCGAUCCUGCAGAAGAAGGGAUUCACCAUUGUGUCCUACUCACCCUUGAGUAUGAAUGAGGGGCACGCAGCCCCUGCUUCAUGGUUCCCCACCUGGGGGCAGGUCCCAGGACCCCUGGAGACCGGGAACUAUGUAGAGAACCUGGCUGUCGUGGGAGUCCUGGCUCUGGGGGAGCUGUCCUGCUUCCAGCCCUUCGGCCCUGAGCUGGAGAACUGAGAGGCUGAGGCCCAGGCAGUCACCAUUGCCCUGGCCGCUCCAAGACACCAGGGACUGUGAAGGGCUGGUCAUUGUCCUCCUCGGCAGCCGGGGAAGCGGGCGGAUGGGCUGGCGAGCUUCGGCUGGAGGUGUCUGGAGCAGCCUGGGACUGGGAACUGGACGUGCUGGGGCCGGGGGCGAGGGGGGCAUUAAUCUGUGUUCAUACCAGUGACUGCCAUAUAGUUCCGAGCACCACACUGACCUGGACUUGUGGAGGUGGAAGGCUGUGUGGUGUUUGACAUGGGAACAGUGACAGCACCCUGCUCUGGUCCAUCCUGGCUGUGCCAAAGGGCCUUGCAUGGGUGACCGAGAUGUGUUCUAGUAUUUGAUGAUGUGGUCUCUUCUGUUUUGUUGGGGGAAACUUGCUUUCAAAU